AUGUCUCAAGUACAACAAUACUGGCUCCCGGGAUACGGACUGUCCCGUCAUAUAGUCUUAGGCCACAUACAAUACUUUCUAGGGCCAACAGCCAGCGUCAGGCCAUAUUCAUACCAGGGACGCGACGGCUACCUAAUAGUCGGUGUACCACUUACAAGAGAACAAAUCGACGACCUAGCAACCAUGUCCCGAGAAUACGAACGUCAAGAAUCCCUCCGAAUGGCAGGUGACUCAGCCAGCCCCACCGCCGCCACUUUCGGUAGACACGAACCCUAUAUCAAUGAGAUUGUACCCGUCAGGAGUUCGGGGAGGAGAAGCAGGGCACCA